UACCAUUCCCCAAAUUUAUCUCAUUACAGAAGCAAAAGAGACAGGGGAUGAAAUUGGUGGCAUCGGUGGGAUGCCUGUUAAUAAUUCAUUUACGAACACUAACAUACAGCGCCAACACCAACUGCUUCCCAAACACACUGGUGAUACAUAUAGUAAUAUGGUACAUCAAAUACGGGUCAACCCACCACCUCUAAUCCGUCCUGCUCAAGUUAAUGUCUCCUGUCCUCCCAUCGGCCUAUCAAUCAGAAAGCCUCCCAGGUUAGUUUCAGGCAGCCCCCCGAAAAACCUCCCUAAUCCACACACAGUCGUCCAGCCCCAGAGUCGUAUCACCCUCACACACCCUCAAAACAUUCAAAACACCUUUCCUGGUUUGCCUACAGCGAUACCGAAGCCGGCUAGCUGGGUCAUGCAGAUGGCUGUCAAAGCUUCUACAGCAUCAGCAGCAAUCAAAUUGGACCCAAAGCUAACAGAGGAGGAAAAGAUGGCUAAGAAGAGAGAGUACUGGAGGGUAAAGAAACGAGAGCAGAGGGCGGCACGCGCCACCCGACUAAGGCAAGGAGUUCAAGCUAGGGGAAAGACCGCCUCACAGAAGAGGCGGAACCAAAGGUUAGCACGAUUAGCUGUCGCCAUUCCCAAUGUCAACAACACACUGACUAUCAAGCCUCUCUCAAACACCAGUGUGUCCACGUCUCCACAGGGAGACCAAAUCAAACAAGAGAGAGGAUCAACCUCAACAGACACUCCAUGUCCUCUACUGGAACAACCCCUCUGUGUUGAUAUCAAACCGUCCCGGUGUUCACCGCCACCACAGACCGAGCCACCAGACCCAGCCUCGAGUGCUGACAGCCAGGCCACCACUCUCUUGGUGGUGGCUUCUAUGAAGAAGCUGCUGGAGGAAUCCCUCAGCACUGUGGCUGACUGGAAAACGGAACAGCCAGACUGUAUUACAGAACAGCUGCCUUGUAAAAGUGAUCCUCAGACAUGUUCUUACAAGGAUGCUUCCGUCCAGAUGGAGGUCAAGCCAAAUCUACCUCUGCUCACCCUGGAAGACGAGGAGAAGGUCUCCCUAUCUGGUGACCUAUCGUUGGAGGUCAAAGGAUGGAAGGUGGAUGCUGACGCCCUGCCAUCCUGCCAGGUAACCAUUUGCCCAUUGAGCCCUCAUCCUAAGGACUCUCCCCUGUCAAGUCCUUGCACUGAAAGUCUGUCUUUCCCAGCUCCCCCUCCCUCUGAACCCCCCUCUCACACACCCACACACUCUUGGUCCUACACGGCAGCUUCCAGAGGACCACCCCUCCCUCGCAGAGCCCAGAGGCUGCGUGCCAAAAAAGCAGGACACCACCACUGCUGCUCCCCAGAACCCCCAAAGCUACACCAUCAGCCUCAACAACAACAACAACCACCUCAUCAACAACAUGAAAAUCAACAUCGACAUCAACCACCUCAUCAACAACAUGAAAAUCAACAUCGACAUCAACCACCUCAUCAACAACCUCAAAAUCAACAACAACUUCAGCAACAUCAGCACGCCCCAGAGGUGACAGGCCAGAAUGUGACUCUGGAGAAGAAGAGGGAGUACUGGAGGAUGAUAAAGAGGCAGCAGAGAGCUAGGACUGCCAGGCAGGGAGGAGGGGGGCUGAGACGGGGGGACUACGGCAGACGACUGGCCCUCAAAGCAGCACAGGUUUCGAAUCUCCUCAUUGUGAAGACACACACACAGAGGCCAGUGCAGAGAAGCGGAAGCUUCGGUCUACACACAGCACCAUUGCUCGAACUGCAGUCCCCCCCACUUCUCCAGCCUAUAUCUCCCCCUGCUUCUGGACCCAAGGCUAGCCUCAGCAUGGUCACCAACAUCCCUACACUUCUGGUUGUAGACCCCACCACCUCCAACAUGGGACAGCCAUAUGAUACAACACAGCUCAACCCUCCUGUCAACUGUACCAGCAUCUCCAAUUCACCCAUUGGUCACACAGGGUCCCCACAGACAUCUCAUAGCUUCAGUACCGUGUCUCUCCCUAUAGGAGGUGGUGUCACUGUCCCCCCAUUGAGUGAGGGGAAGAAAGACGGGCUGCUAUUGGUGGAGAACCAACAGGAAGCGGCCCCAGGAUCCAGCGCUGACUCGCCCCACGUUCUAAAAUGGAGACUGCGAGUGCAGGAAACCUCAGACACCGAUACCUCACCCAUCGCUACUCUCACACCUCCUCCCAACCCUUUGACUAGCAUAAAACUCUUACCCAUUCAGCAUCCCAGUCAAACAUCCUCUUUCACCCCAACACAGACUCCUUUCAAAUAUCAAGGUGCUCAGAUUUCUCAAAGUGGGAAUGUACAAAAUGUACGAUCGCCUACAUUGCAGGGGCUCACCAAAAGCCCUAUCUACAUAAGCCCAAUGGGUCCGCCCAAGCCAGUGCCGGGGGAGUCGGAAGAGGAGACUCUGAGGAAGAAGAGGGAGUACUGGAGGGUGAGGAAGAAGGAGCAGAGAGCCAGGAAAGCAAUGAGAGAUGGGGAUAUGACAGAGAAGAGGCCCUCGGUCAACUGGCAGCCCAUCCUUCCUAACACUCAUCAUCCUCAACAGCUGCUUGAGGAGAUGGAGACACAGGAACAGGAUCCUGACCGGUGGUUCAACACCUCCGAGGACUCUGAACUACUUCUGAGUACUUCCACAGAGACAGACAUGUGCUACUUUCCUGACUUUGGCCAAACUGAACCUUUAGAAGACGAAUCAGAGCUCCUUUUCCUACACGACGAUCUUGGCGACAACUACGACGGCGCCAUCUCGGAUGCUGUAUGGAGGAAUCGCUACCUCAUGGACUACGACCCGCUGAACCAGCUGCUGGUGUGCAUGGUGUGCGGGGAGCUCCAGUACUCCCACAGCCUGGAGGGGGUGAGGGCCCACAUCGACGAGGCCCACCCAGAUACCCUGAGCCUGGAGUCCCCGGAGCACCUUCGCAUCCUAGAGGCCUGGGACGAGCAGGUGUCCAGGAGAGAACGCUUCUUCACCAGCCAGCUGCAGCAACACAGUGGGACGAUGGGAGGGGACAGUGCCAACCACCCAGCAGAAGUAAUGGUUGAUACAGAGGACUCGUCAUACCCGACGAACAGCAAAAGCUCUAGAACGAUUAAAAGACUCUGAGGGCUAAGGUGAGCAUUUGAGCCUUCAUAACUGUACAUUGCACAGACACCAUCCAUGUCUGUAUAUCAUAAUGUUGACCGUAGCUGUCUGUAUACCAAGGGGUGUAUUCUUAUCUGUCUGUAGGAAUACGUUUUUCCGACACAUUGUUUGACAAACUCGUACGUCCUACCUACUUGUCCUAAUUUACAGAAGCACAAAUAGCUCAAUUCCAGACAGCAUAAAACAAUAGAGGAAGUGAAAACAUUUCUGCUGUUUUCUUUUGUGUAUUAUCUUUUCCGGAGCAGUUCCUCUACAAAGGAUGAACUAAACUUGGAACUGUAUAACUGUAUAGGGGACAUGGAACGACAAGAGGCAAGCUUUACCUCAUUAACUUUGGGAUAGACCCACACAUAUACACACACCCACACGCACUAAUGUAUCUUCUUGCUGGGUUUUUUUUACCCCUUUUUCUCCCCAAUUUCGUGGUAUCCAAUUGGUAGUUACAAUCUUGUCCCAUCGCUGCA